AUUUUCGUUUAAUUUUCAGACAACAAUGUAUCCAGCCUUCACUCGGAAAGUGAACAUGAAUUGGAGAACACAGAUGCCGAAGACGAAUUCCUUAUGCAAUUAUACAAAGCAAACAAGCCACUGAUUCACAAUGGAUUCAGUUUGCACAACGGAAGUGUGCUCGAGAGUGCAGAUGUGGAGGAAGUCUGUGCAGCAGAUCAGACUGAUUCCAAAACUGCCAACUGCAGCGAAAUCAAAUCAAAGAAUCCAGUCUUCGACCUGAAUGAGGCCAAAAAUAACGAACUCAUUGUACCUCAAGUUGAUUCUGGUGAAGGAUCUUUGGAGAUUCAACAGGACAGUGAAUAUACAGAGGCCUAUGAUUCAGCUGCCCAGCUCUCCUGCCCCGUAUCCAAGAAGGUCGAUAAUCAAACUAGACAGCCUGAUUCACUAAUUGUAGAAAGUAACUGCAACAACUCAAACGAAGAAAGGAGGAUAGAAUCUGAAGAUACAACUCCAAAAAGUACUGAAUCCAAUGGAAUUGAUAGUGAAAAUCAUGAAAGUGAAAGCGAAACUUUUGAUAUGUUCUCAGCGCCACCUCGACCAGGAACUAUUGCCGAGAGAGAACAUAAAAAGUGGUUGCAAGCCGUGCCAUUGACCAACAACCCCUACUCUAAGGAGAACAUUGAGAGGCGACAGAGAGAGCGCAUGCUUUUGGGCAGGCAAACCAGUAACGAGACUUCUGUAGAAUUUCCUGAACUAACGGGGGAAAAUAAUGCUUCAGUGGUGCCUAUCGAUUGCAGUGGUUGCAAACCCAAUCAUAAGCAAUACGGACGCGACUACUACAUAAACAACACCAGUGACCAGAAAGAGAAGAGGAGAGAUUCUUCCAAUGACGCAAGAACUGACAUUUCAACAACACAUGCCUACGAUGCAAGUAAAUCACAGGUGUCGGUUCGAGUCGAGGUGGAGGUUGGAGGCCGCUGGAAUGGAGGCGGCACGGCGCCGGCGGUGGCCAAGUCAGCGGUGGAGACCAGAACGCAUGUCUCCAAUUUGAACAAUCAGCAGCUGUUGACGACCGUCUCGACAUCGAAAAGUAGAGAUAGACAGCAGGUUACAACUGUCUCCACUUGGGGCGCUGCUGCCGACCAUGAUGAUGACUAUGAUGAUGAUCCUAUAGCUCUGCCGUCUGUCAAAGAACUGGCUAAACAGUUUUCCAACGUUGAGACCGAUCCUCAACCACAGAUUCAAGCAGCUGAAGUACAAGCCUCAAGUACACCAGCAUUGAAAAAUAAAUUGGAAGUACAGACACUACCCGUGCGCCAGGUGCAUAGUCUAACAGCCCGAUGCAUUUCGAAAGAGUUCAGGGAAGGCUUGAGGGCUUCUAACAGGCCGGCCGAUCACAUGAAACCAGUGGAGAAGGCCGAAAGCUGCGGAAAUAUUUCGGAUGACAGUGGAACAGCUUCUCCGACUCCGACUAGCAACCAGAAACUGUGCAACAGCAUUGCAUUCUGGGAGCAGAUCAAUUCAACCAGAUAGCUCAACUUUGGACACUCGCAAUAAAUUGUCAUCCUUCAUAGAACUACAGCAGAAAAUGUUCGGCGGACAUUUUGGCGAACUUUGACUCAUCUCACAAACUGUUUUCGAUUUGGAAACUUUUAUUCAUAAAAAUUCGGGAGAAAAAGUUGGUGAACUCUACCUGCUACCUGCUCCCGAUCAUAUCGAAAAUAAUUAUGAUUUGCAACUCUGUUAAUAAAUGAAGAAAUUCAUGCAGUUCAUAAAAAACGCAUCACUUCUAUUAUUUAUUUAUAAAAUUGAUUUUCUGAGCUUCAAUUCGAAGUUACAUAUUAGGCCUACUUAUGGCCUAGAAACCAAUCUUACCAACAGAAUCUACUCACUGGUUGAUGCUGAGUUAUAAUGUACGAUCAUUCCAUUAUUAUCAUUCCUAAGUCACUUAUUACUGUAUAUUAUAAGUAUGUAAUUUAUAUUAAAGUAGGUACGAUAGUUAUUGUUUCGGUGAAUCAAUUGAACAAUUAUUGUGUAUUAGAAUAAUACGAUUGAAUUUGAUAAUAAAUCUGAUGAGACGAUAGAUAUAUAUCAAGUUAUAGUAUGAACUUGAUGGGGUAAUGAAAUUUUCAAAUACUGUACUUAACUUCCAUUGCUGUAAAAUUGGCAAUGUAGCUUGAUAUUCAUGUAGCCUAUUUCCCGACGGAAAUAAAAUGUUACACUUGGAUAAAUGUUAUUAAUAAAACUACCCAUAUAGAAUGUAUCGAUAAUCUGAGAUGAGAGAAUUAAAUAAGAAACUUCUCCAAUAUUAAUGAUUGAAGUGCCAAAGAAGUUUUUACUCCACUAAUUUUAUAGUCACAUGAAUCUACUUAAUCAUGUUUGUUAAAUGAUUCAAUAAACUUAAUCUAAAACUAUAUAAA